AUGGCAGGAAUUAGCUACUACGAGGCGUUUCAAAAGGUUACCAAUAAGCGCCUUUCGUAUGCAAAUAACAUUCAUGGCCUUAUAUCACUUCUAAUUACCUGGUACCUUAGUAUUCCAUACGAAUCAAUUCAAAGUUGUUCGAUAGGAUUUCUUUAUAGGGUACCUGUGGUGGUUGUCGCGUGCACUUUGGUGAAGAAAUUGAGGGAAUCAAGCUCUACUAUCAAAUACUCUGUCCAGAAAACCUUUGCUGAUCAGAUUGUUUACUCUGUGGUUUCAAAGGAAUUCAUUACCGGCACAUGCUUGUACCUGGCUUCUGCGCUCCUAGUUGGUGGAAUGCACAUAUUCCAACUUCCCUUUGCUUAUAACUACUAUGUGCUCUCUAAGGAGUAUCAGAAAAGGCCGUUGGUUAAUGAUAAUUGGGUAUUUUACUGGUUUUCUUUGGUAUACACUUCAAUUGUCUACCUGUUGCAGUUUUACAUUUUUCAACGCAACAUGCUCAAGUAUAAAAUUGGCGUGCUAAAAGUGAAUCCGCAAGAGGUAUUGUUCCGUAAAAUACCACUUUUUAUUGGAGUUUCCUUCAUUUUGACAAUUUUUAUUGGGUUCACUGCUCCCAUAGUUUAUGUUCUCGUGCAUCUGUUCGUCUACAAAACGAUAUACUUGCCAGCAUUGAUCUUGGGCUUGGAUACCGGUACUCCUUCCUACUCAGUAUCCUUUGAUGUUUGGUCCAGUGUUGUGUAUAUUGCUUUUGGCUUGAUACUUCUUUGGGAACUUGUCAAUCAUGUUUACCAAGUUUAUGCCACGAUAGGAUGUCUUGACAGCUCAAAACCUAUAAGCACAUACUGUGUGGACCCAAUAAGCUCUCUCGUGGUGGCACUUCAGGAUGUUCGUCCCGAAUCGCAAUUUUGUCGACUCACAGCAUUCCAAGAAUUGGCUUAUAUUGCAACAACCACCGAGCCAGAUGGAAUCAAGUUGAGAGCAUCUGUUUACGAAACACACAAAAUCAACGGCUCUUCGUGGCAGCUAAUCUACGAGGAGUGCUCCUUGUUGAUCAGAGAGGCCGCUCUGAGAAUCUCCUAUAGGUCUCCGCUGGACUUGGAGCCUCCUGUUCAAUUAGGCGAUGGUAUUGUCAAUAAUCCAACAUCAAACAUUGAUAUAUUUGGCAACUCGACGACCACCCAUGUUGCUGCCAGCCUGAACCCAGUUCCUGAAAUGAAGCAAAAUGACAAUUCUGAAUCUAAGACUACAAAAAGUACAACCACCAGCCCAUACUCAUAUGCCCUUUCCAUCAUCCAGUUGCAGGUAUUCACUCCAUUAUUGUCUCUUCUUUCUUUGCUCCAAAUUAACAAGACAGUCAAGGACAAGGAGAAGACUUUGAGCAAAUUAAUCCUCUCCAAAAUUGACAUUGCCAAAAAACAAUAUUACCACUACAGACAAAAGUUCUUGUUAACUUCUUAUGGCAUACCUUUCCGCGUGAGUCUACACAGAGAUGCUGAGAGCAGGGUAAUAAACCCAGUCGACCUAGGAAAUGCCGCAAUAGCAUUAGCAAACCUUCUCAUUCAUGCAAUUGAGCAAGAUAAAAUCUACACCAUCACCAACACUCAAGUAGCGGAAGUGAUGAAUUUGUUGGAGUUACCCAUUAGUGCAUGUUCAGAGUACUCUAGGUCCAUACCUCGAAGCGUGUAUGUUGCCCCAGGACAGGAAACUAACCGGCAUUUGAUUGCCAAACUACACGAUGUGUUCUUGAGUGAAUACUUUCAAAUUUGCAUCAAGUAUAAUCAUAAACUCAACGACCUUAUGUUGACAUCGGGCUCCUUCAAGUUGGCCAAACUUGUUGUUGAUGUUGCCAUUGCUGAAAAUCAGCAACUGAAAACUAAAUAA